CUGGGAGGAUGGUGUAAUCUUACAGUUACUGUGAGCAGCAAAACGUCGAUUCAGGCGGGGAUACAAAAUUCUACGGGGCAAAGAAAGUCAAGUGAACUGGGUUAUUUGACAGGGGCUCUGUUGCUUAAAUCGGGAACCGUCUGGCGUCCACUGCGCAAUAGAGAAAAACUGUUUGGUUUUCAUGGCGUCAAGGUGUGGUCUAACAUUGAAAUGGGGAAUAUGGAACGUAUUCCGAUCACACAAACGCUUUCUCGUACUGGGAAGGUACCGGCUACUUCAUCAGAGCCACAAUGCCCUCGUCCACAAGCGGUACCGCAGAAAGUUGAGCAACCAGAGGCACGUCUGCCGUUGCAACAAGUGGAAGUUUCUGGAACGCUCAACCAAGCUUCGUUAGGCUCAUCUGCGAAUGACGAAGUAGGCAUUUUCGAUUGUGAAUGGGGUAACUGUGGAUUUGUUUUUGCAAAUAAAGCCUUCUUUGUGAAGCACGUUGCUGAAGCUCACGUAAAGACAUCAAGAGUGUAUUGCUGUGAGUGGAAAAAGUGUAGCAGACAAGAGCCAUUUCUUUCAAAGCAUGAUUUGUCGCUUCACGUCAGGCGGCAUACCGGAGAACGUCCCAAUAUUUGUAAU